AUGAUGCGCGUUUUCGCGUGGAUCGACGGGCGAAUCACGUUAAGACUCUGUCUGCCGAUUGAUUUCGAUAAAAAACAAAAGAGUUCACUCUUGCCUCAUAGAGUCGAUUCGACGAAUGGCGAUAAUCCGGGAAUCGCUGUCGCUAGAGAUUUCGCGAGUCUGGCUCGUGCUAGGGAAAAUAAUGGGAAAAUACAUCGUGAAGAUUGGUUCGACAUUGCCGCUUCAUUGGAUUUACCCGAAGAGUUAACGCUGGCAUUGUUCUCGGUGGCGAAAAGUUCGCAUAAAGAGCGCGAGGUUCAAAUCUCGGCCCUCACCGUGUCUCUUCUUUUACUUGGCGUCGAGGAAUUCUAUCGAAAUCUUGAAGAAUAUCAGAUUGAAACCCCAUUCACUGACCGCAAUCGAUCCACUGUCAUCUUUGAGUUCAUCAAAAAUAAUUUAAAAGAAAUUCUCGAAGUUUUACACAUUUCGGCAACAGGGAAUGAGCCGUUUGAUCGAAUUUUUAUGCCACCUUUCUCAAACUCGUUGAGCUUCUUGGAUGCUUUAUUUGAGGGACUCGUGGAUAUGGAUAAAUCCGACUCGGAUCCUCAACUCUUCGAUAUUCCAUUACCCUUCUCAAAAGUUGCAACUCAAGCUUGGAAAAAUGAUAGAAAGAUUUCCUAUGAUACAUUGGUUGAAAGACUCAGUUUAUGUCUUUGUGUUGAUCCAUUUGCCAUCGAUGAUGUUACAAUUGAAAAGCCUUUAUGCUCUCUGGUUGCCUCGAAGAAAACGUCGCUUGGAGCCGGCUCGAGGCGGAAAGUUUUUGUAAGCGAUUGGAAUAGAAUUGAGGUUCUCCGUCGUGGAGUUUAUCGAGACGCUCACCUCCGACUCACAAACACUCGCGCACGAGCCUCGCGUAUCAUUCAACCGUGGAGGUCGCAGAGCGUGAUUGUCGACAGUGUCACUGGGUGUUCAUCGCUUGUUCUGGGACCUGUUUCCGGUAAUGUUCUACUCAAAAACCUCAACAAUUGCACGAUUGCUGUAGCGUGUGCUCAACUUUCUCUACAAGAUUGCCACCAGGUCGAAAUCUACUGUUUAACAUUGAAAUCCCCAAUAUUGCGAUCAUCCACAAAUGUCUAUAUUGGACCCUACAAUACUUAUUACACGGGUAUUCUCACCGAAUUCGCCGAGGCUAAACUUGAUUUCGCUCAAAAUGAAGUGCCAAAAACACCGAUUUUGUUGGACAACGAGUGCUCAUUUUCAUUCAUUUCUUCAAAAGAUUUCUACGUGGAACCGCUUCCAAUUGAACAAGAUGAAGAGUCACAAGAAGCUCAAACAUUUUUCUCUCAUCUACCCCCACUCUUCGAGUCGUCAUGGGUGGAAAACUUUGAGAGUACCCAAAUCAAUUCGAUGUUGAGCGUGGCAAAUCGACUCCUCUACUGUUGUCGAUGCGGAUAUUUGGCGAUUCCCUCGUCUUCUACCCGAAGCUUAUGCACGACGCGGCCCUCAUUUCGAUCCGUUCUCCAAUCAACGUCAAAAGUCCAGUUUACUAAAAGAAAGUUUUCAACGGUCGACACAAAACGAGCCUCAAAGAAGUUAACACAAACGACAUGGAAGGAAUUGAAAGCAAUCUUCUCUCUUGCUGCACCUUACAAAGGACGUAUUUUGCUUGGUCUCUCGUUUCUCGGCGUCUCGAGCUCGGUGUUUCUUUUGACGCCUCGUGUUCUUGGCAAGCUCAUCGACGAGCACGAUGAGACAAAGAAAGGAAAUUCGGAAGGCGAUCUAACACUACGAUUUGCACGAUUCUUCAAGGACAAUCCUAUUGCACUCAUCGCUGCAUUAGCUGCCGGGGCAGCCGCCAUCGUUGCUCGUGUCUAUUGUAUGCACACAGCAGGUCAACUUAUUAUUAACGAUCUGCGCAAAGCUGUCUUUCGUUCAAUUCUUCGUCAAGAUAUGACUUUCUUUGAUCGGAAUAGGGUUGGAGAGAUGGUUUCUCGACUUUCGACGGAUGCUUUAAUUGUUGGCUACGCGGUUUCGAUGAAUCUCAGCGAUGGAGCAAGAGCUCUACUUACUUGCCUUGGCUCGGGAUCGCUUAUGGUUUACACAUCACCUGCUUUAUGCAAAAUGAUGGUUCUCGUCAUUCCGCUCGUUGUCGGGAUUUUCGCCGUUUUUGGACGCCUUCAAAGGAAAUACACUCUACAAAUGCAAGAAGCUGUCGCUGGGGCUAAUCAGGUAGCUACUGAAAGAUUGGGAGCCGUGAAGACAGUCCGAAUGCUGGUGGCCGAGAACAAAGAAGAGGGAGCUUAUGGAAACAAAAUACAAGACAUUUGGAUGAUCAGUCGACGUGAGGGUAUUGCCAAGGGAAGUAUGUAUGGAACGUUCCAAUUCACUGGCUACAUGAGCAUGUCAGCCGUUUUGUUCUAUGGAAGCACUCUUAUACAACAAGGGUUACUUACGUAUGGUGAUCUCUCGUCGUUUUGCCUUUAUGCAAUUCUUUGUGCUUCAUCGUUGUCCAACAUGAGUGGAUUUUUCACGGAAAUCAUGAAGGGAUUGGGAGCUUCAUCGAGACUCUUCGAGUUGAAAGAUGCGCGUCCGGCGAUCCCUCUGCACGGCGGAGUACUCAAGGACGGAGUUCAACAACAUAUUCGCUUUGAAGAUGUUUCUUUUGGUUACCCGGAUCGGGACGAACUCUUUCACGGACUCAGCUUCACGAUACCCGCAGGAAAGGUCACAGCUAUUGUUGGACCAUCUGGAAGUGGAAAAAGUUCAAUUGCCAGUUUAUUGUUGAGGUUAUAUGAUCCAUCGAAUGGACGAAUCAUCAUUGAUGAUGUGGAUUUGAAAGAAAUCGAUCCGUCGCAUUGGCGUCGACAAAUUGGAACCGUUGGACAGGAGCCCGUACUCUUCUCGACGACAAUUAGAGAAAAUAUUGCAUACGGGGCAGAGAAUCCUGACGAGAUCACCGAUGAACAAAUUCACAAGGCUGCAAUGGCUUCAAAUGCGAUGAACUUUGUCAACGAGUUCCCCAAAAAGUUCAAUACGAUUGUGGGAGAAGGCGGGGGAAUGUUGAGUGGUGGACAAAAACAAAGAAUAGCUAUUGCAAGGGCUUUGCUCAAUAACCCAAAGUUGAUGUUGUUGGAUGAAGCCACAUCGGCAUUGGAUGCGGGAAGUGAGCUUCUCGUGCGCACUUCGCUACAAAAGUUGAUCCAAGAGAAGAAUAGGACAGUGCUUGUCAUUGCUCACAGGUUAUCGACGAUUCGAAAAGCCGAUCAAAUUGUGGUGAUUGAAAAAGGAAGUGUGGCUGAAUGUGGUACUUACGACGAGUUGAUGCGAAUUGAAGACGGCUUCUUCAAAAAGCUCGUCGAAAAGCAACACAUUGGACUAACGGAUGAGACUUUU